AGAAAUAUCUAUAGAUCAAUCAUAAUCGAAUGGCCAAAAACUGUCACACGAAUCGCUGAAAAUAACGAUCGAAACCAUAAUUCUUCAGUCACAAUCGAUCAUGCACCAUUAAUUCAUCGUGCGAGAAGUGUGAUCAAGAGCAGAACAUCACAUCCGACAAUGCGUAUUCGUAUAUGUGCAAUAACGAAAAAUGAAGAAAAGAAAGCAGCACAUUUGAAAAUUGUUGAAGCAUUUUUUCGUGCCACUUUGAUUAAACUUUCUUCCGAUUCUAAUGAUAGCAGACAAGCUGCUGGCCGAUUAAUAUUAACACAACGUGAAGGAACUCGUGUAAUGAAAGGACAAGAUCACACUGGGGCAACAGUUAGUGCACAAGGUCGACUUGUGAUUAGUCAAGCAGAUGAGGCGACGUAUUCCUGCAUAUUCCCGAAAGAAUUUGGCGAAACCUUAAUUACUACUUCCUUUAAAUAUGAAGAUGGCAGUUUAUGUGCGGUCUUCCCUCAGCUGGGAGUAACGCUGAAUUCAAUGGUUGAUCGACGCCAGUUAACAACGCGUUAUUCGAUCCAAGUCGAGAUAGCACUCAAUAUUAAUAACCAAAUAAGCGUGAAACACUUUCUCAUAGCAAUAACGAACGAUCAAAUUGAACCGCUACUUACUUCAAUUGUAUGGCAACGAAUUACAGGAAUAGAUAGUCUACAACAAGAAACAAGCAUUGAGUGGGGCAUUUUACGGGAAUCCAUUCGUAAUUUCGUCAAGUCGCAGUAUUUAUCAGCGAGAGCAUUGGAUGUGGAUGAAAUCCUUCAUAUUCAAUGCAUUCUGUUUCUUCCGAGGGUUGUUCGUUGUAAAAAAAAUCAAUCAGACAUGCUUUCAUUAGAAGAGCUAUUUUUUAAAAACAUUGUGCCUGAUGGUGGUUCAACGACGGUGAAAAAAUUGAAAAAUCGACUUCUUCGCGAACCUGUCGUUGCAGAAGUUUUGGUUUCAAGGCAUGAAUUCAUACAGGAUAAAUGCAUCAGCCUUUCUGAUUGUUCCACUAUACUUGAUCAUAAUUUAUGGCAGUGGCUUUAUAAGGCGACAGAAAUGAUAAUCGAUGUAGGCCACAAAUAUUGUCCAUUAGCAACCAAUUUCGAUAAAAAAUGUGGGCUAUUCUUCCAUAGUGCAGAAGGAAACGCAUGA